AUGGCUUCUUCUGCGUUGACUUGCUCAAGAAGAUACCAUGUCUUCCCUAGCUUCCACGGCCCAGAUGUUCGUACAAGAUUUCUCAGUCAUUUACACAAACAUUUUGAAAGCAAAGGGAUCACGACGUUCAAAGAUCAAGGGAUCGAGAGAGGCCAGAGGAUCGGGCCUGAGCUCGUACAAGCAAUUAGACAAUCGAGGGUCUCCAUUGUUGUGCUCUCCAAGAAUUACGCUUCUUCAAGCUGGUGCUUAGAUGAGCUGGUGGAAAUCUUGAAGUGCCAAAAAGAUGGAGGCCAGAUUGUGAUGACGAUUUUUUAUGACGUUGACCCGUCCCAUGUUCGGAAACAGAGCGAUGAUUUCGGUAUCGCUUUUAAGAAAACUUGUCAAGGGAAGACGGAGAUGGAGAAGCUGAGAUGGAGCCAAGCUCUGACUUAUGUUGCAGAGAUAGCUGGAGAACAUUCUAUUAAAUGGGAUGAUGAAGCCAGGAUGGUCGAAAAGAUUGCCAUGAAUGUUUCCGAUAGACUGAAUGUUACAGUCUCAAGGGAUUUUGAGGGGAUGGUGGGGAUGGAAGCUCACUUGAGGAAAUUGGACUCUUUGUUACAGCUUGGGAAUUGCGAUCAAGUGAAGAUGAUUGGAGUUUGGGGUCCUGCGGGAAUCGGUAAGACCACCAUUGCUAGAGCUUUAUUCAGCCAACUCUCUAGCCAUUUCCCACUUAGUUGUUUUUUGGGGAACCUCAAAGGAAGUUGUAGGAGCAUAAUGGGUGUUGAUGACUAUGAUAUGAAGUUGUGUUUGCAAAGCCAAUUUUUGUCCAAGAUUCUGAACCAACCAAAUAUGAAGAUACUUAAUCUAGGUGCAGUACAAGAAUGGCUGCAAGACCAAAGGGUGCUUAUAGUUCUUGAUGAUGUGGAUGAUUUACAACAAUUAAAGGUAUUGGCUAAGGAGCAUUCUUGGUUCGGAAAUGGAAGUCGGAUCAUCGUUACCACAGAAGAUUUUAAGAUUUUGAAGGCACAUAAGAUUAACGACGUCUACCAUGUGGAUUUUCCAUCCGAAGAAGAAGCUCUUAAGAUCUUAUGUCUAUCUGCUUUCGAGCAGAGUUCUGUACAAGAUGGCUUUGAAGAACUUGCAAAGAAAGUAGCGAUGCUUUGCGGAAAUCUCCCACUAGGCCUUUGUGUUGUAGGUUCAUCUUUGCUUGGAGAGACGAAAGCCGAGUGGGAGCUUCAGUUGUCAGGGCUUGAAACUAACCUUGAUAGGAAAAUUGAGGAUGUAUUAAGAGUGGGAUAUGACAAAUUGUUGAUGACACAUCAAUCCAUCUUUCUCCACAUAGCUUGCUUUUUCAAUAAUGAGGAUGUUGAUCAUGUGACAUCAAUGCUCGUUGACAGUAACUUGGAUGUCAGAAAUGGGUUAAAGAUCCUAGCCGAAAAGGCUCUCGUGCAUACAUCCACUGAUGGGAAGAUAGUGAUGCAUUAUCUACUCCAAAAAUUGGGUAGGCAGUUAGUUUUACAACAGUCUAACGAGCCGGGGAAACGUCAGUUCUUAGUAGAAGCUCAAGAUAUCAUGCAUGUGCUCGCAAAUGGAACAGGUACUGAAUCUGUUUUAGGCAUAUCUUUUGAUGUGUCCAAGAACCGAGAGUUGUCUAUAAGUCGGAGAGCCUUUGAAGAAAUGCGCAAUCUCCAAUUUUUAAGAGUUUACAUGGGUGAUUCCAGUGAAAAUGUUAGCUUGUGCACAGCAGAGGGCAUGGAGUUUGUACCUCGUCUAGAAGACAUGGAGUUUCUACCUCGUCUAAGGCUGCUACAUUGGAGUUCAUACCCAGGAAUAAGUCUUCCUCCAACAUUUCGGCCAGAAUCUCUCAUCGAGCUCCACAUGCCAUCAAGCAAACUUGAGAAGCUAUGGAAAGGAAUCCAGCCCCUUGUAAAUCUGAAGAAGUUAAAUCUCAACUUCUCUUUCGAGUUGAAAGAGAUACCAAACCUUUCGAGAGCUACUAAUCUGGAGACACUGGCAUUUAUCCAAUGCACGUCUUUGGUGAAGUUUCCUUCCUCUAUUAUGAAUCUAGACAGACUAAAAACGGUGAGGAUGUGGGGUUGCAAUAAGCUACAAGUCACCGACGGGAGGUUUUAUAAGAAAUAUUCCUCACGGAUGAGUAGUUUCCCAGAUAUUACUAGGAACAUAGAUAAUUUCUGGGACGGGGGUCCACCAUUUGUUGUUCGUCGGUUUCCUCCCAAAAGGCUUGAUGUAGCUGGCAGAGACUUCAAGAGAUUACCUCAUGUUCCGGAACAUGUUAGGAAGCUACAAGACCUAAGCAGUAGUCAUAUAGAGAGGAUUCCCGCUCAAACUCUUGCCAGUCCAUCAAUUGUUAGUCGUCGGAGUCAUCACCAAAGGCUUGAUAUAGCUGGCAGAGAACUCACGAGAUUAACACAUGUUCCGGAAAGGGUAACGAGGCUAGACCUAAGCGGUAGUGGUAUAGAGAGGAUUCCAGAUUACAUCAGCGGUCUCCAUCGGCUACAAACACUUAUCAUCGAAAACUGUAGGAAACUCAUUUCAGUGGAGCAUCUCCCCAGCUCCCUCAAGUCCCUGCAUGCAAACAAUUGUGCUUCUCUUGAGAGGGUCGAAUUCUCAAUGUUUUCACAGGAUUCAGAUUCAGUAAGGGAACUCAUGCUCCGUAACUGUUUGAGACUGGACGAACAAGUAACAAGAGUAAUCAUAAAUCGUAGGUUUGCCAAAUAUGUAUGCUUACCAGGUGAACAAGUCCCCUCGGAGUUCACUCACAAAGCUACAGCAAACUCUAUAACCGUCUCACCAGGGGAUGCUUCCUCAAGAUUUAAGGCUUGCAUCUUACUUUCACCAAUCAAGGACAACGCACUUCUUCAUGUCAACUGUUGUCUGAAAAGCAAAGAAGGUGUCCUCAUUAACCAAGUCAGCUGUUUGGCAUACAAUUCAGGCCACUCUCCUCAACUUCGAACGCAGCAUCUCUUUAUACUUAGCGGUGAUCUGUCACUGUCACGCCAACAAAACAAAACCCCUCAAGUGGAUGUGGAUACCAGCGAGUUUCUGUUUGAAUUCACCUGCACAGAUAACCACAAGAUUGUUGAGUGUGGUGUACAAAUCUUCAAGGAGGAAGUUAAGAAACGUAACACUGAAUGGCCCAUUUUGAAACCCGGAGACAAGACAACCGACCACAUAGAUGACUACGGUAAUGAUGAUGAUGGAGUCUGUGAACCUGUGGGCAACAUCAGCUGCCAAAGAGAGAAAGCCGAAGCUGUGGAAAGCACCAAACACACAGAUUGUUGGAGUUUCAUUGUAAAGUCUUGGAAUCACCUAACUGGAUGCAAUUAA